GUUUUGCUUCCAAAUCAUGUAGACAAGGAAGUCACUAAUGAAGUGAUAUGUCUUCAGCUUGAAGCUAUAAAACUUGACCACUUCCUCUACUCUUUCCAUCCAUGUAAACUUUAAAAUCCUCAUCGAAUUCAACUAACUUAUCAACUUUGGAAAAUCCUCUUCUUUCACUCUUAAAACACAACAACAUGAUCAGCACAAAGAAACUUAUCAAGAUGGCACGAAAGUGGCAAAAGAUAGCAGCUGCCGGCAGGAAGAAGAUCUCUUGGCCACAUCCUGUGGCGAAUGAGGGUCACUUUGUUGUCUACACAGCAGAUGGAAGACGAUACAUGAUUCCUUUGGCAUAUUUGAAGAGCGAAAUUUUCAUAGAGCUCCUUAAAAUAGCCGAGGAAGAAUUUGGAGUUACAAGUUCAGGGCCAAUUACAUUGCCUUGUGAUUCACAUUUUAUGCAGUAUGUGAUCUCUAUGAUCCAAAGAUGUGUAGCAGAUGACUUGAAGAAGGCAUUGAUCAUGUCCUUAGCUAGCUGCAGAUACUCAUCGCUGUCAAAUGAACAUCAAGAACGAAAUCCACAAAUGUUUCUAUGUAGUUUCUAGAAAGAAAAAAAAAAAAAAAGAGUUAUGUUACUCCUUUUUUGUACAAAAUAUAUACAGCAGAAAAUUUUAACUAGAAUGUUAAUAAAAUUUCAGAAAGAAGCUAAUCAGAAAAUUUUAGUCUCUCUGUUGUGCAAGUAUAUGUUUUCCCUUAUUUACUGUUGCUUAUUUUGCUGUUUGAUAUGAAUUGCACUUGAACAAAAUGGAAUAACGUACAAUAUUUGGGAUUCUCAUACUCCA